CCGGCCGCCAUCUUGGGGCGGGCGGCGCGCGGCGCCCUCAGCCGCCGGCCAUGAAGUCUGUGUUCGUCACCGUGGGUACCACCAGCUUCGAUGACCUGAUCGCGACCGUCUGCUCCCCGGCGGCCAUGCAGGUGCUGCAGAGCCUCGGCUACGAGAAGCUGGUGCUGCAGGUGGGGCGGUGCGCGCUGGACCCGGCGCUGCUCGGCAGUUCGGAUGUGGCCGUGGAAGUGGAAGCCUUCCGCUACAAGGAGUCUCUGGCUGAGGACCUGCGGAGGGCGGACCUGGUCAUCAGCCACGCAGGUGCAGGUAGCUGUCUGGAGACUCUAGAGAAAGGAAAACCACUAAUAGUAGUAAUAAAUGAAAAGCUGAUGAACAACCAUCAGCUUGAACUGGCGAAACAGCUCCACAAAGAUGGGCAUGUCCUCUACUGUAACUGCAGCACUCUUGUGGAGACACUGCAGUCAAUGGAGUUACCAACUUUGAAACCUUUUCCUCCUGGACAACCAGAAAAGUUUGCUUUGUUCUUGGAUCAAGUUUUGGGGAUUCAGUAAACAAUACAGAGGAAUAAAAAUCACAGAAUUAAACCUUUAUUCCUCUGCUAAUGAGGUCUUCCAUACUUAAAGAGUCCAGCGGCUGAGACAAACCCGCAAAGAAAAUGUCUGUUAACAUUAACCAACGUUAAAUGGUUCCUGUCUAGUGCAGAUUCAAAGUUAUCUAUGCUACAAAGAGCAGAGUGCCAACAAGGAAGGAGAGUAUGAAACGUCAGGUUUCUUGGACAGACACAUAUUUACCUCACAAAAUCUGCAGGAGUUGGUGAUUGCAGUGAGGAAGACAAGCUAAAUAACUUCUUAACCAGUAUGGCAUGCACAUCCUUGUCUCUUGACCAUACUUCCUAGGUCUAGUGGAAGUAAGUUGUUCUUUUUGAUGUUCCUGUGAUGUCCUGCAAAUGAGCAGGUGUCUUCAGCUCUCAUGUGUUUACAGAAGCACUGAAUGGAGAAUUGAAACAGAUAAAGUGAAGCCUCUUCAAAGGGAAAGGGGCAUGCAUGUGGUAAAUGUGGGUGGGAAGAAUCAAGAGUUGCAAACCUGCUGCUAAACUGUCUUCUGUUUCGGGGAGAUUUACACCCAAAAUACAGCAUGGCCUACAGGAGAGGAACUGGCUGGGCAAUGCAGUCGAUGCAUUCAUGCAGCUAUGCCAUCAUUACCUGGUUUGGACUUCUGUGGAGUGUGGCGUUUCCUGUUUGAUACUGACUGGAGCUCCCCAUUUAAAGUGUUGAAAUUGUCAACUGUGUUGAUGCUCCCAUUGAUUCAUUGAAGUAAAUACUUUGAAAAAAGGUUCACACA